CGCCGCCCCCGCACCGGGACCGGGAGCGCGGCCGUGAGGGCGACGGGGACGGGGCGGCGGUGACCCCCGGUACCGAUCCGGUGCGCAGCCCCGCGCUGCAUGGACUGGUACAUGAUGAACUGCGAGCUCCUGGCCACCUGCAGCGCCCUGGGCUACCUGGAGGGCGACGUGUACCACCGGGAGCCCGACUGCCUCGAGAGCGUCAAGGACCUGAUCCGGUACCUGCGCCAUGAGGAUGAGACCCGGGACGUGCGGCAGCAGCUGGGGGCGGCCCAGAUCCUGCAGAACGAUCUCCUGCCCAUCCUGGUGCAGUACCCACAGGAGAAAGUGCUCUUUGAUGCUGUCAUCAGGUUGAUGGUGAACCUGACCCAGCCGGCCCUGCUGUGCUUUGGGAAGGUGCCAGCUGAUGCCACCUCCCGCCACCACUUUCUGCAGGUGCUGUCCUACCUGCAGGCCUACAAGGAGGCUUUUGCCAACGAGAAGGUGUUUGGGGUGCUCAGUGAGAAGCUCUACAACCUCCUGCAGCUGGACUGGGAGCAGCGGCAGGAGGAGGACACGCUGCUGAUCGAGAGGAUCCUGCUGCUGGUGCGCAACGUGCUGCACGUGCCCCCCGACCCCACGGAGGAGCAGGGCGUGGAUGGCGAUGCCAGCGUGCACGACCGGGUGCUGUGGGCGCUGCACAUCAGCGGCAUGGACGACCUGCUGAAGUUCCUGGCCAGCGCCCAGGUGGAGCAGCAGUGGGCCCUGCACGUCCUGGAGAUCAUCUCGCUGAUGUUCCGUGAGCAGAGCCCGGAGGAGCUGGCGGCGAUGGGACAGGGGACAGCAGGGGCUGAGCACGGGGAGGACACGCGGGAGCUGCAGAGCUUGAGGCAGAGGGAGAUGGCGGAGAAGAGGAGCCGGGCGCUGCAGCGCACGUCCAGGCACUCUCGGUUUGGUGGCUCCUACGUCCUGCAGGGCGUCAAGUCCAUCGGGGACAGGGAUGUGGUGUUCCACAAGGGGCUGCACAAUCUCAAGAGCUACAGCCACGACCUGGGCAAGGAGCCGCGGCGGCUGCCCCGGCGCCGGCAGCCCGCCCCCGAGGCCGAGCCCUCCCGCCGCUCCGCCCGCAACGUGCGGCUCUUCCUGCGCCGCUUCUGCCAGGACUUCCUGCAGGACUGCUACAACCGCCUGAUGCUGCUGGUCAAGGACCAGCUGGUGAGGGAGAAGGCUCAGCAGCACGAUGAGACCUAUUACCUGUGGGCCACCUCCUUCUUCAUGUGCCGCAGGUUUGCCUGUGCCCCCGUGGUGCGGGCGCUGGUGCUGCUGCUGCGCGGCUACGCCCGGAACAGCGCCCGCACCAACCACUGCGCGGCGCGGCUGCUGCACCGCCUGGCCCGCGAGCUGCGCAUGGAGCCCCUGCUCUUCCAGCUCUCCCUCUUCGCCCUCUUCCACCGCCUGCUCAGCGACCCCGCGGCGGCCGCGCACCAGGAGCUGGUGACCUUGGCCAAGUUCAUCGUGGGCAAGUUCUUUGCGCUGGCAGCCACCAACAAAAAAGCUUUUGUGGAGCUGCUCUUCUGGAAGAGCCCUGCCAUCGUGGGUGAGAUGAGCCAGGGCUACAGCUCCCUGCAGGAGGGAGAGGGGACCACCCGGAGCCGGGUGCCGCCCUGGACCCCUCAGGAGGAGCAGGAGCUGCGGGAGCUCUACUGGAAAUACAAGGAGAUGGAAGGUGGGGACAUCAUCGCUGCCAUCCUGGCCCAGCUCCCCUCGCCUGGACGGACGCGCAGGCAGGUGGUGAAGCAGCUGGUGAGGAUGGGGCUGGCCAGCAGUGCCAAGGACUUCCCGAGGGAGAGGAAAGGCACCCGCAUCGUGCUGUGGACGCAGGAGCAGGAGGAGGAGCUGACGCGGCUCUUCGAGGAGUUCCAGGGCUCGGAUGACGUCCUGGGGAACAUCAUGAAGCACCUGACGGCGCGGCGCUCGCGGGCUCGCGUGGUGGAGAAGCUGCUGGGGCUGGGGCUGGUGGCUGAGCGCAAGGAGCUCUACAAGAAACGCAGGAGGAAGAGCCAAGGGCACGGCCCUGGGCAGGCUGCCCCAGGUGUCCCGGCCAUGCCAGCCCAAGACAGCUCAGGAGAGGAUGAGGACAGCGAGGAGGAGGAAGAGGAGGAUGAGGAUGAUGAAGGCCUCACGGAGGAGCACUGGGUGCCUGAGGAAGGGGCUGGGCAGGACCUGGCGCAGCACCUGCAUGGGGAAGGGCUGGCCGGGCCCCUGCGGUGGCUGCAGAACUGCCUGAGGAGAGCGGCAGAGGACCGAGAGGAGGACGGCGUGUCCCACCCGGUGCCGCUGGUGCCGCUCACGGAGGAGAACGAGGAUGCCAUGGAGGAUCGGCGCUUCCGGAACCUUCUGCGGCAGCUGGGGCUGCGGCCGCCCGCCAGCGAGCAGGAAUCCUUCUGGCGCAUCCCGGCCGCCCUCACCCCGCAGCAGCUCCGUCGCGCCGCCGCCUCCAUCGCCCACCGCGACCCCCCAGCAUCCCCCCAGAACCUUCCAGAGCCCCCCAGGUGCCCCCAGGAUGGGGCUGCAGAGCCGCCGAUGGCAGCGCUGGGAUCGGACUCGGAGAGUGAGGAGCCUGUCCCUGUCCCCAUCCCUGUCCCCAGCCCGGUGCUGGCGCGCACCAAGAGGCGCCGGGAGCUCGCCAGCGAGGAUGAGGAUGAGGAUGAGGAUGGUGGGAGCUCAGCCACUGAUCCACCCCCACCAGCUCCUCGCUCUGAGGAGGAUGAGGAUGAGGAUGAGGAAGAUCCACAGCCCCGGGGGAGGAGGAAGCGCAUCCGCUGCCUGGAAGAGGAAGAGGAGGACGACUGAGAGGCUUCCCUGUGCCCAGGCCUUGUGCUGUUUCCUGGGCUUUUUGCAGAUUUUAUUGCAUUUCUGCAGCUUUUCUGCAGUUUUUCUUGGGUUUCUACAGCUUUUCUGGGGUUUCUGCAGU